CACACAUUCCACAAAAUUAUAAAUACAUAUCCAAAGCAGAAGGUACAAAACACCUCCAACUCCAAUUUAGACAAAAUUUUGUGACGACUUGAUUAAUAGCUCCAAGCCAUGGCAGAUACAGACCAAGAAAGACCUCUUGCCCCAGCCAGGGUCCAUGUCGAUGAAGAGGCCCUCAAAACCAAGCGUAAGAGAAAAAUCAAGUGGUGUGGGUGUGUAACUGUACCCAUUCUUGUACUUGUCAUAGUAAUUGUAAUCUUAGCAUUCACUGUGUUUAAGGUCAAAGAGCCCAAAGUAACAACUAAAGGGAUCACAAUCACAGAUUUUGACCUCAUCCUCAAUCAAGGUACAACCCCUACAGUUAAGUUGAACAUGACCAUGAUGAUAGAUAUGUCCAUCAAGAAUCCAAACGUAGGAUCCUUCAAACUAGGCAACACUACCACAACUAUUUACUACCGUGGCGCGGUGGUGGCAGAGGCACGGACCCCGCCGGGGAUGGUGAAGGCGCGGAAGACGUCGGGGAUGAAUGUCACGGUGGAUAUCUUGGCCGACCGCCUCGCUUCUAGCCCAAAUCUGAUGACGGAUGUGAUUGGGGGGAAGAUGACCAUGGACACCUACUCAAUAAUUCCAGGGAGAGUGAAGAUUGUGUUUGUUAAGAAGCAUGUUGAGGUGAGGAUGAAUUGCACUGUGACUGUUAACAUUUCAAGCAGGGCAAUUCAGGACAUGAUUUGUAAACGUAAAGUGAAACUUUAAGUAGGGAUGGAUUGUUGUUUUUGUCCUUCUAUUUGUUACCUAUAGCUGAAUUCUGUUUUUAUGAUUCUUUUAGAGAGAUUUAUGGCCACAUGCCUGUUCUUCAGUGUGUAUAAAUAUAAUAAAUGACAGUACUUCAGGCCCA